GCUUCUCUGAGAGAGAGAGAGAGAGAGAGAAGGGGAAUUAGGGUUUUGAGGAGUCGCCCAUGGCCCCUCCCGUGGAGAUCUCCGGCGCGGCGGCGGAGGCGGCAGCGGCGGUGGAGGAGGGGGCGGUGGUCGAGGAGGCGGAGGCGGCGGUGGAGGAGGCGGCUGCAGCGGCAGCGGCGGCGGAGGAGGUCGCCGCCACCGCCGCGGAUAAGGGCGGCGGCGGCGACGUCGCGGUAAGAGGGGAUCGACCUAUCUCCACCGUCCUCAUCGUCAUAGCGAUGCAGACGGAGGCGCUCCCGUUGGUCAACAAGUUCCGGCUCACCGAAGACACCGGUCAAUCCCUAUUUCCCAAAGGUGUCCCAUGGGUCAGAUAUCAUGGUAAAUACAAAGACCUCUACAUCAAUCUGGUAUGGCCAGGGAAAGAUUCCGUUCUUGGAGUCGACAGUGUUGGUACAGUUUCAGCAUCUCUCGUGACAUAUGCUUCCGUCCAAGCAUUCAAGCCGGACCUUAUCAUUAACGCAGGCACUGCUGGUGGCUUUAAGGCCAAAGGAGCGUGUGUAGGUGAUGUCUACAUUGCAUCUGAUGUUGCUUUCCAUGACAGAAGGAUACCAAUACCUGUUUUUGACCUGUAUGGAAUUGGAGCUCGACCAACCUUCUCCACUCCUAAUCUUCUAAAAGAACUCAACUUGAAGUUGGGCAAAUUGUCUACCGGUGAUUCUUUGGAUAUGUCCCCACAAGAUGAGGCAGCGAUUCAGGCAAAUGAUGCUACUAUUAAGGACAUGGAGGGAGCAGCAGUGGCCUACGUCGCCAACUUACUCUCAGUCCCCGCAAUCUUCAUCAAAGCCGUAACCGACAUUGUCGACGGGGAGAAGCCGACCGCCGAGGAGUUCCUGCAGAACCUAAUCGCGGUCACCGCGGCAUUAGACCAUGCCGUUACCAAAGUGAUCGACUUCGUCAGCGGUAAAUUCCUCUCCGAUCUUUGAGACGCCGUUAUCAAUCACGCAUUCUUUACCCUCAUCAAUCCUCAAUUCUUCGACCCUGGAGCGGCAACAUUAUUAUCUAUGCCCAUUAUUAUUCUAGGUUGUAUUUUUAUCCCUAUUAGUAUUGAUUACAAUGUGGAUUUAUCUGUUGCUUCCACAGCCCAAGAUUUGUCACUGUUGUAUAAGUAUCUGUUCAUUUGGUUACUGUCCAUAGAUGUGUAAUGAGAUUCACUGCUUUAUUUAUAUGCACUAGUGAUGAUGUAGCAUAAAAGAUAUCACAGUACAACAAUAUGAGAUCUUAGUGACUUAAUAAAUGUUCUCUUUUGCUUA